GAUUAGUGGAAGCUCCUUGAGCCAAUCUGCAUGUGAAUGGCUGUGAACUGCUUUAGCCAUCACCCCGCCCUCACACUCACACAGAGAGAGAGACAGACAGACAGAGAGGUAGUGCAAGAGAGCGGGAGAAAGCCAGUCAGAGAGACAGAGAGAGAGACAGCCAGACAGAGAGAAAGCCAGACAGAGAGACAGAGAGAGACAGAGAGAGAGAGACAGAGAGAGAGAGAGAGAGACAGAGAGAGAGACAGCCAGACAGAGAGAGAGAGACAGAGACAGAGAGAGGUAGAGGAAUUAGAGGCAUCAGCUCAAAUCCUCCCCAUCGCCUCUCCAGCUCAGGAAAGCGAGUGACUGGAUAAACUGAGCAAAGAAAGAGAAGCGAAAUCAGGACUUUCUCCUUCUCUUCUUCUCUGCCUGGCGGCAGGCAGCUGUAUGGUUGGGGACUGGGGCGUGGAGAGAGAGAACAGGAAUCGGACUGGCUUUUGUGAAUGAGAGAAGACACAACUAAGGUGCUGGAGCAGGAGAUACCCGCCUCGAUGGAGGAGAGAGGGAUGGAGGAAGUGAAACCUUCAGCAGUAGAAGACAAAGCAGCAGCAGAGGAAGCUGUGGAGGAGAGAGUAGCUCAGGAGAAGACAGAGGAUAGCACAGCGCAGAAUAAAGAGACGGAGGAGAGAGAGAUGGAGGGAGAGGUAGAGGUCGUGACCCCUUGCCCUACAGAGAACCAUGGUCUCCAGGGAACCAUUAAAGGUCAUGACCUCUUCGGCUACGUGGGCAUCGAGGCUGUUCUGGACCAGAUGAGACGCAAGACCAUGAAGGCUGGCUUCGAGUUCAACAUCAUGGUCGUGGGUCAGAGUGGACUAGGGAAGUCUACCCUGGUCAACACUCUGUUCAAGUCUAAAGUCAGCCGCAAGUCCUGCAGCCUGAACUACGAAGAGAAGAUCUCCAAGACUGUCCAACUGCAGUCCGUCAGCCAUGUGAUAGAGGAGAAGGGAGUGAAGAUGAAGCUCACAGUGAUUGACACGCCAGGAUUUGGAGACCAGAUAAACAACGAAAACUGUUGGGAGCCUAUAGUGAGUUAUGUUAAUGAGCAGUAUGAGAGGUACCUGAAAGAAGAGCUGUACGUCAACAGGAAGCCGAGGAUCCCUGACACACGCGUCCACUGCUGUGUCUACUUCCUGCCUGCCACCGGACACUGGUUACGUCCCAUAGACGUGGAGUUCAUGAAGAGACUGGGGAAGAUAGUCAGCAUCGUACCGAUCAUCGCUAAGGCAGACACACUCACCAUGGAGGAGAGACAAGAGUUUAAACAGAGGAUAAGACAGGACCUGAAGGCCAAUGGGAUCCGAGUAUACCCUCAGACGGAGUACGACGAAGAUCCAGAGGACAGGAUACUCAACGACAAGAUCAGGGAAAACAUUCCGUUUGCGGUGGUGGGGACAGACAAGGAACACCAGGUAAACGGGAACAAGGUCCUGGGCAGGAAAACCAAAUGGGGCAUCAUUGAGGUUGAAAACGUGGCACAUUGUGAGUUUACCAACUUGAGAGAUCUGCUGAUUAGGUCCCACCUGCAGGACCUGAAGGACGUGACCCACAACAUCCACUAUGAGACAUUCCGCGUCAGGAGACUGAACGAGAGUAACCUGACCGUCCACGGUCUGGCCCUGUCCUGCUUUCCAAUGGAGAAUGGGACCCACGGAACCAACGGAACCUCGGACAGGAGCGAAUCGGAGAGCCACCUCUGAGGGGGACCACAGAGUGCGUCGCACACAGCAGCAGCUCCAGCUUCCUGCUCACAGCUUCCUGUUUCCUGUUUUGACUGCAAAAUGAUUGGUCGACUGUUUCCCCCAAUCGGAACACAAAAAAGAGAGUGAAAGAGAGAAAGAGGAACUUUUUUU